AUGUCAAGUCCGGUUCGUAAUUCCAGAAAGAGACAAGCCGACGACACCGAAGACCAACACCCAGACUCUUCCAUCGGUCACCACCCAUCUUCUCCCUAUCUCGCCUCCUCACCCCAACUCCCCCCAUCGUCACCCGCCAUCCCAUUCAACGCCGAAGAAUUAGACGAAGAAGACGAAAUCCACAACGAUAUCGCCGAUUUAAACCCCAGUGAUGAAGAAGAAGAUGGUGAUGAUUUGAUCAAUGAUAUGAUGGAACGUGAUUAUCGUGCCAAUCCUGAACAAGAUAGAUAUGAUUUAGGUGACCAACAAAUCGAUGAUACUGGAGAAUAUGAAGAAAUGGAUGCUGCUACUAGAAGAAGAAUUGAUGAGCAAUUAAAUCGUCGUGAUGCAAUUUUGUCAAAUGCAAAUAGGUCAAGACGGACUGCGUUCUUGCAGGAUGAUGAUGAGGAUGAAGAUGAAGCUGGUGGGAUGAUGGAUCAAUAUGGGUUACCUAUUCAGAGAAGAAGAAGACGGAGAGGGGGGGAUGGUGAUGGAGGGGAAGAUGAUUUUAUGGAGGAUGAUGAAGAGGUUGAAAUUGAUCCGUUUAAUGAAGAAUUAAGUUUGGAAAGUUUGACUGAUAUUAAGGCUCCAAGUAUUACUGAAUGGAUUUUACAACCGGCAGUUAGUAGAUCUAUUGCUCGUGAAUUGAAGGCUUUCUUGUUGGAAUAUACUGAUUCAAAGGGUAGAUCGGUUUAUGGUGCUCGUAUUAGAACUUUGGGUGAAGUUAAUGCUGAAUCUUUGGAAGUUAGUUAUAAUCAUUUAGCUGAUUCAAAAGCAAUAUUGGCAUUAUUUUUAGCUACUUCUCCACAAGAAAUGUUAAAGAUUUUCGAUAUUGUUGCAAUGGAAGCUACUGAAUUACAUUAUCCUAAUUAUUCCCAAAUUCAUUCAGAAAUUCAUGUUAGAAUCAUAAAUUUCCCAAAUAAAUUGAAUUUACGUGAUUUACGUGAAAAUAACUUAAAUCAAUUGAUUAAAGUUUCAGGAGUUGUAACCAGAAGAACUGGUGUUUUCCCUCAAUUAAAAUAUGUCAAAUUCGAUUGUCUUAAAUGUGGUGUUGUCCUUGGACCAUUUAUUCAAGAUGCAAAUGCCGAAGUUAGAAUUUCAUUCUGUACUAAUUGUCAAAGUAAAGGUCCAUUUAAAAUGAAUUCCGAAAAAACCUUAUAUAGAAACUAUCAAAGAAUCACCUUACAAGAAGCUCCAGGAACUGUUCCAGCCGGUAGAUUACCCAGACAUCGUGAAAUCAUCUUAUUAUCCGAUUUAGUCGACGUUGCUAAACCAGGUGAAGAAAUCGAAGUCACCGGAAUAUAUAAAAACAACUAUGAUGGACAAUUAAAUGCCAAGAAUGGAUUCCCCGUCUUCGCCACUAUUAUCGAAGCCAAUUCUAUCAAAAGAAGAGAAACCACCGCUUUCUUGGGUGGUAACAGUGAUAAUAUCGUCAAUAUCUGGACCGAAGAGGAAGAAAGAGAAUUUAGAAAAUUGUCACAAGAACGAGGCAUUAUCGAUAAGAUCAUCGCUUCAAUGGCACCAUCGAUCUAUGGUCACAAAGAUAUCAAAACUGCCGUUGCAUGUAGUUUAUUCGGUGGGGUUCCCAAGAAUGUGAAUGGGAAAUUAUCAAUCAGAGGUGAUAUUAAUGUAUUAUUAUUAGGUGACCCUGGGACGGCAAAAUCACAAAUUUUGAAGUAUGUUGAAAAAACUGCUUCUCGUGCCGUUUUCGCCACUGGUCAAGGUGCUUCCGCUGUUGGGUUGACUGCUUCAGUUAGAAAGGAUCCUAUUACACGUGAAUGGACAUUGGAAGGUGGUGCGUUGGUAUUGGCGGAUAAGGGAACUUGUUUGAUUGAUGAAUUUGAUAAAAUGAAAGAUCAAGAUCGUACUUCGAUUCAUGAAGCUAUGGAACAACAAACGAUCUCUGUCAGUAAGGCCGGUAUUGUUACUACUUUACAAGCUAGAUGUUCGAUUGUGGCGGCAGCAAAUCCAAAUGGUGGAAGAUAUAAUUCGACAUUACCUUUAUCUCAGAAUGUUAAUUUGACUGAACCUAUUUUAUCAAGAUUUGAUAUUUUAUGUGUGGUUCGUGAUUUGGUUAAUCCUGAGAGUGAUGAAAGAUUGGCUGGAUUUGUUAUUGAUUCACAUAUGAGAUCGCAUCCUUCUAAUACUGAAGAUAUUGAAGAUGAUGAAGAUGACAUGGAUGAUGAUGAUGAAGAAGGUGCCAAGAGAGCACGUAGAUCUAGAUCAGAAAAGAUUUCUCAAUUAUACAGAGAGAAAGAACUGGAAAUUUCUUCAAUUCCACAAGAAACUCUUAUGAAAUAUAUUCAAUAUGCUAGAGUUAAGAUUCAACCUAAAUUACAUCAAAUGGAUAUUGAUAAAGUAGCAAGAGUAUAUGCUGAUUUAAGAAAAGAAUCUAUAACUACUGGUUCGUUCCCAAUUACUGUUCGUCAUUUAGAAUCUAUUUUAAGAAUUGCUGAAUCGUUUGCUAAGAUGAGAUUAAGUGAUUUUGUUAGUCAAAAUGAUUUAAAUAGAGCUAUUAAAGUUAGUAUUGAUAGUUUUGUUGGUACUCAAAAGGUUACUGUUAGAAAACAAUUACAAGCUAAAUUCCAGAAAUAUACUUUACCUACAAGAGCAAGUACCAUUGAAAACAUCAAACAAUGCAAACCCAUCCCAGAAGCAGAUGUUGAAGAACUCUGCACAAAAGUAAUCGAGCUUCUCAUCCAGGAAGCAAAUAUUCAACAUAUAGACACCCCAGUCACAAUAUGUGGAGAUAUCCAUGGACAACUCCAUGAUUUAAUCACUUUAUUCAAAACUGGUGGACCAUGUCCUCAAACUCAAUACUUAUUUCUUGGAGAUUUUGUCGAUCGAGGGUUUUAUUCAUUAGAAAGUUUUUUAUUAUUAAUGGCGUUGAAAGUUCGAUAUCCUGAUCGAAUGACUUUGAUUAGAGGAAAUCAUGAAAGUAGACAAAUCACCACCGUAUAUGGGUUUUAUGAUGAAUGUAUGAGAAAAUAUGGGACUGUUAAUGUAUGGCGAUAUUGUUGUGAAGUAUUUGAUUAUCUUUCAUUAGGUGCGAUAAUUGGUGGUGAAAAUGGUGUAUUUUGUAUUCAUGGAGGAUUGAGUCCUGAAAUCGAUACUGUUGAUCAAAUUAGAAUAUUGGAUAGAAAACAAGAGGUUCCACAUGAAGGUGGGAUGUGUGAUUUAUUAUGGUCAGAUCCUGAAGAUGUUAAUGGUUGGGCUAUAUCACCUAGAGGUGCCGGGUUUUUAUUUGGGGAGAACGAAGUAAAGAAAUUUUUACAUCGGAAUAAGAUUUCUUUGAUUGCUAGGGCACAUCAAUUGGUAAUGGAGGGGUAUAAAGAAAUGUUUAAUAGUGGAUUGGUAACAGUUUGGUCUGCUCCUAAUUAUUGUUAUCGAUGUGGGAAUGUUGCUAGUGUAUUGACAAUUGAUGAUAAUUUAAAUCGUGAGUAUAAAGUAUUUGAAGCUGCCACUCAAGAUGUUAGUGCAAUACCGUCAAAGAAACCUGCAAUUGAUUAUUUCAUAUGA